UGUGGAUGACGCUGUCAUUGCGACGGUGUCAGAGCAAAUGGACGUCAGCUGGAGAAGCUUUGGUGUCCGUUUGGGACUUCCAUGGUCAAAGGUCAAUAAGUUUUUUGCUGAUGAACAACUGACAGAACAGGCUAUCGUCAGUAUGUUGACGUAUUGGAGGGACAGCAUUGAGAGAGAUAGACAUCAACUGAAAGUACUGUGCAUCGCUCUGAGAGAACAUGGUUAUGUGAGUCUAGCUGGAGAGUUAUACCAGGGUGAUCUUGAUGAUGAAAUUGCACCCAUUGCGAUACAUAAUGGCCACUUGGCAGAUGUCGACAUGCUGUUCAUUGCCAAACAUUUGUGCAUUGAUUGGACAACCCUAGGCAUCAUUCUUGGUUUUAAGCGAUCUGAAUUAAAGCAAAUUGAGCUAUGCUUUCGAUUCUCGGUGGUUGAAGCCAGUAUUGAAAUGCUGGUGAAGUGGCGGGAAAAGCACGAAGCUAAUGUAAACCACCUUGCAAUGAUGGAUGAUGCUCUAGAACAACUUGAAAGAGAAGAUAUAAGGCAGGAGCUCCAGACAUACUACCAACAAAGAUAUCAACAGCAAAAUAUUCAUCAAAUAUAAGUGUUGGGAAAGUUACAGUUAUAGGCAUUGACUGUUAAUAAUAUGCCUUCAAUUAACAGUGUAGAUAAAGUUAAUUAUGGAAUUAUCAAAUCCUGUCUACUACAUGUAUUAUAUUUUAAAUUGUUCAUAAACUUACGUACCACAUAAUUCUUGUCAUAUUUUUAUUGUUAUAUUGACAAAAUGAAUGAAGUUAUAGAGUACUACAGUGUUAUGUCACAAUACCACGCGAUACUUCUCCGUUCAACCGAUGCCAUUUUCUCUAUUCACGAACAACUGAUCCCAAUUUCUAACGUAAUAAUUAAGAAGUUGUAUCUUAAUUUUUCUUUGUAAAUGUGAAUUGAUGAUUAAAUGUGUGUACAAUAACUAAUGUAAUGCAAGCUUUUUGUGUUUUUAGUACAUUUUGAUGGUAAAUUAUUAGGUUUUAAAAAUCUUCACCACCUUAGGAUGUUGAAGAGUUAAUUUUGACAAUUAAAAUUAGAUGCUUCUUUCUCUUGCAGAAGUCUGGAGACAUUGUAGAGAUGAGCUAAGUUUAUGAAAAUCAUUAAAGCCUUUGACACCAUAUGGAGGAUGAAUAAAACAAACAAUAAUGUGAAUAGGAAGCAAGAACAAAUUUGGAUAUGUGGGAGUGAAAACAUUUGGUUCAAAAUGUGGAAACUAAUAAUCCAAUAUAAAUGGUUUUAUUUAACCCUUGGCACCAAUUUUUGAGAAAUUUUGAUUUACAAUCUGCUUUUGAAAGCAUACAGUACAUACUAAAAAAAGAAAGUAUAUAGUCCUGUCUUAUACUAAAGCACUUAACCCUCCAGAAGUCCUUCCAUUUAUGAGAGACCGUUCUCCCAAGCCUCACCACCCAUGAAUAUUGUUGCUAAGGUCCCAAUAGUCCCACAUACUCAUACACUUGUGUAUUUGAGACUCACUUAUGCCCAAACCUAUUUAAUAACAAGUUCCGACUGGUCAGUAUAAUUUCAUUUUGGCCACAUCUUAAGAAAAAAUAUAUCCCCAAUCAGGAAUUCAAUAGGAACAUCAGCAUCAAAAAGUAUACAUUUCUUCUUUGGAAUUUUGAAAACAGUUUUACCAAUGAGGAAAUAUAUACUUUUAAAAAGAAAAACAAGUGAAACACAGAUACUGAGUCAUUUUAACCAGAUAAAAUACUGUAUGUAAAAAGUUAAAAUAUUAUUUAUAAGUUGUUUUGACUAAUAGCUGGAGAUUAGGACCUGGAAUGUUCUUCAUGUAAAUUCUUUUUAGAAAACUAUAAGCAGUAAUUUGUAUGUAUAUCAAUAACAACUUAAACUUAACACAUGGAAGAGAAGCUUAUGUAUGCCCAUAUAUAGUCAUGAUAUGCUUAAAUAUGGUCAUAAUGUGAUGUCAUCAAGAUCAUAUUUAGGCAUGUCAUAUGCUUUUGAUUGUCUGGACAGCGAGUUACAAGAAAUCUGCAGAGAAAAUAACUUUGCAAAAAAUUUCCCAUCUGUAUAAACCUUUCUUAUAGAACCUUUCAUGAUGUUGUCUCAAUAAGAUAAAUAUAAUUAUAAUAUAUACUGUAUUAUUUUUAUUUGACCAAUCUGAGUUACGAAUAGCUGGCCAGUAGUAAAGCCAGAAUGAUUGCACACACAACUAAGACCACCACAAAAAUUAAGAUCAUUAAUUCGUCAGGCAUCGGUUGACGUUGAGAUUCUUAAACAUCCUUGACAUCAGCAUUCUCCUGUUGGCUGAGGUGAAGUGGUUUUAAAAUGCCUAUUCCAGAAAGCCUAUUCUAAACCAUUAAGAUUAUGAAGUCAUUCAGGCGUAAUAAACGGUAAACAACAUCAUGAAGGCACCACCUGGUGUUGUGACGACACAACUGUGGUACUCUAUGUGAAGGAAACAGAUACUCAUUUGCAUAUUAAAAAUGUAGGAAAGCGACUACUGCUAUAGAAGGCAGUAGUCACAAAAAGUUAUGUACUGUAUGUAAAGUAGAUAGGCCCUACUUCUUGUUGCAAAAAAUGUAUGUAUAUUCUUCUGUAUAUAAUUACUAUUGCAUUUCAUUAAAAUGAAUACAGAAUCUUAAGUGUAAUAAAACCAGUCAGCAAGUA